UGACGUUGAGACGAUGCGACGAGACCGCGCCAUGGUGCCACCAUGCCAUUUGCCUUUCACAACAUUUAGCAGUUGGAGAUUGAAGCGACCAUGAUGCCUCGUAGCUCUGCCACUACGCUCCUGCACAGGAUACCUCAGUUUGCUGCUAGUAGUAGAUUUCGCAGUGUUAGAGCAUUGCCAAAAAAUUACAGUCAUGUCCGUCUUUUCUCCUCAAACGAUGGUCCCAAGGCACCUCUCACAUUCCCACCACCAGCGGCUGAGCUGGUAAAAGAUCCCGAUCGCUUUGAUGAAUUAUCCAGCGAGCUGGGUACUGAAUUUGCCAAAGCGAUUCGCAAGACGCAACGAGAUUAUAAUUUGAAAAAAGGACAUCGAGAUACGGUCGAAGAUUGGUUACGAGAUAUGGAUUACUUGACGGCAGCGGAAGGAUCGACGGAAGAUUUGGUGGGCGAACGCCGUGCCCUGUCCUUUGAAACGCAGAGUGAAGAAGAAAAGGAAGCCUUUUUGAAAGAUGUCGAGGACAUGGUAGAACGACAAAGAAUCAAGGAUCUCAGGCUCGAGCCAUACGAUGAUCCCUUUCAGUACCAAGGAAAAGACAAUUUCGAACUGGACGAUCCUCGAUUUUCAAUCAAUCCCAAUCAACUUGCUCAUGGUGAAUGGGGCGAAUUAUUGAUCCGGGUAGAUAGAAACAUCAAGCUUUGGAGAGGAGGAAGAAUUGCAAGCUACCGUGCCUUGGUUGUUGGCGGAAAUCUCAAUGGCUGUGGUGGGUUUGGCACUGGCAAAGCAUCCGAUCCACAAGGCGCUGUCUUGGCCGCAUCUCGAAAGUGCAAGCGGAACAUUUUCUUUGUCGACCGAUACCAAACCAACUCGUUGACGCGAGACUUGGUGGGCCGCUCCAAUUCCUGCAAAGUAGUGUUGCGGGCGACUAACAGAGGCCUACGAGGAAAUCCACUGAGUUGUGAAAUCUUAAAGUACUUUGGCAUUACCAACUGCACCGCCAAGGCUGUUCAUGGCAACCGAAGCCAGUUCAAUGUUGUUCGGGCAACCUUCAAAGCCCUCAUGACUCAUGAAUCGAUGGAGGAGGUAGCCCGAAAGCGGGGACGUCGAAUUGUAAGCAUUGACAGAGGCCGUCGGUUGCAGUUGUAAUUCAUUACAAUUGUUUAUUUGGUCUAGAGUCCUUCUUAAUUAAAUUAUUACUACAUGUAAGAAAUCCUUUCUUUUCUU